GAGAGAGAGAGAGGAGGAGGAGGCUGGAAGAGGAGGGAAGGCAGUAGCCCCAGCAGCAGCAGCAGCAGGGAGGGAGAGAGGGAGGGGAAAGCAGCCGCCGCUGCUGCUUCUGCUGCCGCCUCGGGUCUCCUUCCUCGGCCGCUGCGCAGGAGGAGAAGCCUUGGCGAGGGAAGCAGGCAGGAGGAGGAGGAGGAAGAUGCGGCUGAAGCUGGGCUUCCUCCUGCGCGCCGUGCUGCUCCUGGGCUCCUUCCUGGGGCUGCUCCUGCUCUGGUCCUCGCUCUCGCCCCGCGCCGAGGAGCCCAGCCCCCGGGAUGACAGGGAAGCCAGAAAUCUCAAGCCAAACAAUGGAGACCAUGGCCUCGUUCCUGGAAAUGACAAAUUUAAACCUGUGUUACCUUGGCCUCAUGUUGAAGGUGUGGAGGUAGACUUGGAGGCAAUUCGAAGAAGGAAUAAAGCCAAAAAUGAAGGGAAUCCUCUUGCUGGCGGCAGUAAUGAUCAACAAAACAUCAUGGAGCGACAGUAUCUUACAUUUAAGCCACAGACUCUUGUCUACCGUGAUCCUGUAUUACGUCCUGGAAUUCUUGGUAAUUUUGAACCCAAAGAACCUGAACCUCAUGGAGUUGUCAAUGGCCCUGGUGAGGAAGCCAAGCCAUAUGUUUUAGGAGCAGAGUAUAAAGAAUCUGUUCAAGCCAGCAUUAAAGAGUUUGGGUUUAACAUGGUAGCAAGUGAUAUGAUCUCGCUAGAUCGAAGCAUUAAUGACAUACGUCAAGAAGAGUGCAAGUACUGGCACUACGAUGAGAAUCUACUCACUUCCAGUGUUGUCAUUGUCUUCCAUAAUGAAGGAUGGUCUACUCUCAUGAGGACGGUUCACAGUGUUAUUAAACGAACUCCAAGGAAGUAUCUGGCAGAAAUUGUUUUGAUAGAUGAUUUUAGUAAUAAAGCACACUUAAAAGAGAGACUAGAGGAGUAUAUUAAGCAGUGGAAUGGCCUUGUAAAGAUUUUUCGAAAUGAAAGGAGAGAAGGUUUAAUUCAAGCUAGAAGCAUUGGAGCCCAGAAGGCUAAACUUGGACAGGUUUUAAUUUACCUUGAUGCCCACUGUGAGGUGGCAGUAAACUGGUAUGCACCACUAAUAGCUCCUAUCUCUAAAGACAGAACUACAUGCACUGUGCCUCUAAUAGAUUACAUUGAUGGGAAUGACUAUUCCAUUGAACCACAGCAAGGUGGGGAUGAAGAUGGUUUUGCCAGAGGGGCCUGGGAUUGGAGCUUGCUGUGGAAGCGUAUUCCAUUAAGCCACAAGGAAAAGGCAAACAGAAACUAUAAAACUGAGCCAUAUCGAUCGCCUGCGAUGGCUGGUGGAUUAUUUGCCAUUGAGCGUGACUUCUUUUUUGAACUGGGCCUCUAUGAUCCAGGUCUACAGAUUUGGGGUGGUGAAAACUUUGAAAUAUCUUACAAGAUUUGGCAGUGCGGAGGAAAGCUGUUGUUUACCCCCUGUUCUCGCGUUGGGCACAUUUAUCGUCUCCAGGGAUGGCAAGGGAAUCCACCUCCAGCAUAUGUUGGGUCAUCUCCUACGCUAAAGAAUUAUGUCCGAGUUGUGGAGGUCUGGUGGGAUGAAUACAAAGAUUACUUCUAUGCUAGCAGGCCUGAAACAAAAGCCCUAGCCUACGGCGAUAUCACUGACCUGAAGAAGUUUCGGGAAGAUCACAGAUGCAAAAGUUUCAAGUGGUUUAUGGAGGAAAUAGCUUACGAUAUCACGUCUCAUUAUCCUUUGCCACCCAAAAAUGUGGAAUGGGGAGAGAUCAGAGGCUUUGAAACUUCGUACUGCAUAGACAGUAUGGGCCAUACCAAUGGGGGCUUUGUGGAACUCGGUCCAUGCCACAGAAUGGGAGGAAAUCAACUGUUCAGAAUCAAUGAAGCUAACCAACUGAUGCAAUAUGACCAGUGCUUGACUAAAGGACCUGAUGGAACCAAAGUUGUGAUUACACACUGCAAUCUCAAUGAAUACAAAGAGUGGCAGUACUUCAAGAAUUUACAUAGAUUUACUCACAUCCCUUCAGGAAAAUGUUUGGACCGUUCCGAGGUUCUGCACCAAGUAUUUCUUUCAGAGUGUGACUCCAAUAAAGCAACACAAAGCUGGGAAAUGAACAAUAUCCUCAGUGUGUAGACAAAAUAACCUACUGAGAAAAUCAAUUUGUCUAAGGACUGAAGAUAGCCUGAACACUGCUGCAAAACUUUGUACAGCUGAAGCCUGGAACCUCCUGAUCGGGAUGAAGGACAUAGGUGGACUGUGAUAGAUUUAUCAUCUGCAGUUAAUGUUUACAAAAACUGCUCUUACCUUAAAACUUUAAUAGAUGUUUACAUCUCUUCUUUGUUUGUUUGUUUUAGGAUGUUCUUUUAUUUAAAAAAUUAGUUGAUAGUAUAAUGUGCUUUUGACUUUGUUUCUGUUUUAUUGAAACAAAGCUAAAAGCUCCGGCUUGGAUCCAAACCAGUGUGAGGUUGCUUCCACUUGUACAAGAGGGUAUUUUCUGCUCCCGGUUUUGGUGGCAGCCCCGCCGCCCGCCCCCCAAAGCCCCUCCGACGGAGCUUUUGGGCCGACUGUUUCAGUGGAGUAAAGGGCUGGGAAUUGGCAACUUUCCGCCUGUGUGUAAGUGCCUUCCACUUGUGCACAAGCAGGGGGAUUGGAUCCAAGCCUUUGUUGCUGUUUUUUGGGAUUACACUCAGGGGUCUGCAGGCAGUUCUUUUUUCUUCAAUGCUCACACUUGAAAAAAAGGUUAGAGUAACCAGACUUUGCUAUAUAACAUGAACUUAUCAACCUGUUGUACGUUGUUUUGAUUUUUACAUCUUACCAAGCACUGCCACAGGUUUUUUAGCCAAGGUGGCCUUCUUUUCAGUCAUGCUGCUUUUUUGGAAGGUGAAUUUUUCAACGUAUUCAGUGCCUCCUUAAUUUUUCCUUCUUAGUUCACUUGAAAAGUGUUUGUCAUAAUAUGAGUCUGUCGAGGUGUCUCCUUUGGAUCAUAAUGAUUUAGUAACACCCUCGUUAUGUUAGGAAAAAAUUGCCAACAUAACUAUUGUACUCCUUAUUCCAUAUCAAUAAAUAACUAAGAGGCACAUGUGACACCAGGAAUGCUUUGUAAGGGCCAACAUAGCAGUGGGAUCUUUAAAAAGAAGGAUCUAGUUCGUAUACUGGGUAGCACUUAAAUCCAUGAACCACUUGUGAAAUAUAGCAUUAAAGUGGCUAAAGUUUGGGAGUUUUUUUUGCAUUAUCAAACAACCUGAAAUUUAGCACUGAUACAUUCAGUGGAAGUGAGGACUGUAUAUUAUCACUCAACAGCAAAAAGCUUCCCUGCUGUAUCAUGCCUUACCAAACCUGGACAUGUUGAAGCUCAGUGUCUAUAUCUGCACAAUGCAGAGAGUAAAAGUGAUCCAGUUUACUUUUUAUUGAGAAAAAUAAUUUGGUUGAAAAUGAAAUAACUUUCAAAACUUAAAAAAAUCAUUUUACCAUCCCUCAGCAUUCAAUGAUUUAUUGCCAAUUAGAUAGAUUUGUGUAUAGAUUAGAAAGGAGCUGAAGGGUAAAAUAUUUAAAUGUUUAUUCUGUGCAUAAUUGACUUCAGAUGCCCUCCUUUCUUCCAGAUAAUUAAGGGGAUAUUUGAACCUUAGAAUUUUUCUUGAUACUUUCAUUUUUUGUUAUCCCAGUUAUAGAACUGUGCCAUAACAUGAAGAGAAAAUCAACUUAUUAAAACUAUUCAAAAACUGUAACUAGAAAACUUUUUGUUUAAUUUUAUGCUAUUGGGUACACCGACUCAAGUUGGAUUUAAAAUAAGCAUUAGUUCAAAAUUAAAUUUUAGGUAAUCAGAAUGAAAUUGCAAAUGUACCUUAGUUUCAGUGUUGAACUCUUUGAUCAUUUUAUCAGCUUGUAAAACGGGGUAACAGAAGAAUCACAUUUUGUUCCAUAGAAGACCAGAUAUCUUGUCUGACACCAUCUUUUUUAAGCCUCCUUUCAAAGUUGUGAAUAAUUCAGAAUAGAAGAGGAAAAACUGGAAAAAAGGAUACUAAAGGUAUAGGGCACAUUUAUUGUUUUUGUGUACAAAACUGAUUUACUUUUAUGUGUGACAGAUAUUAAUUUAAUCACAUUACUAUGCAUAGAUGAAAGAGAUUGCACAUAGAUUGUGCUGGUGUGUAUGCGUGAAGCGGAUGUUGCGUGCAAUUCCAUUAAAAUCCAAUACUGUGUGUGAAUAUGGAUCUGUAAUUUUACACUUCAAAUCUUACAAGAGAACAGAAGCUGUUACUCCUAAUGACUUUUCCUACUGUAACCUGCUUUUGAAAAAGUAGAUCCCAUAUCCUUGCUUUGUAAGUUGAUCACUAUGCAUUUCUACACAUUUUAUAAAUUUGAUUUAUGCAGAUUUUGAUACACUGUAUGUUUCUGUAAAGAUUGUAAAAAAAAUCCUCAAAGGUUUUACGAGGGAUAAAUCGGGAAUCUUAUGUAUAUCUUAAUUCUGGAUUGCUUGUUUUUUUAGGUGAGGCAAAUAAAUUUUAAAAAGUGGGUUUAUUAUA